CGACGCUCUCCGAAGGCAGGACUUCCGGUGGCGGAACCGUUGCAGUCUACCCGGCGAGCAGUGAGUCGGUUCCCUUUCCCAGCGUCCGGAGAUGUCACAGCUUGGAUCCCGGGGCCGCCUGUGGCUGCAGAGCCCCGCCGGAGGACUGCCCCCUAUAUUCCUGCCGUUGGAUGGCCAAGCCCUGGUCCUCGGUCGGGGCCCCCUGACCCAGGUGACGGACCGGAAGUGCUCCCGAAAGCAAGUGGAGCUGAUUGCAGACCUUGAGACCCGGACAGUGGCAGUGAAACAGCUGGGUGUUAACCCAUCAACUGUUGGGGGCCAGGAGUUGAAGCCAGGAUUGUCCGGCUCUUUAAGCUUGGGAGACAUCCUUUAUCUGGUUAACGGCCUGUACCCCCUGACCCUGUGUUGGGAAGACACUGGCACACCAAGAACCCAGCCAGAUGCUCCUCCGAGCACUGCUCCUGUGCAUCCACAGGAGGGGGAGGAUGCUGAGCCUCAGAAAAAGCGGGUGCGGAAAUCAUCCCCUGGCUGGGAGAGCUUAAAGAAGUUACUGGUGUUCACCGCAUCUGAGGUGAAGCCCCGGGGUAAGGUGGCUGCCUUUGACCUAGAUGGAACCCUCAUCACCACCCGCUCUGGAAAGGUCUUCCCCACUAGCCCUAGCGACUGGAGGAUCCUGUACCCAGAGAUCCCAAAGAAACUCCAGGAGCUGCAUGCUGAGGGCUACAAGCUGGUAAUCUUCACCAACCAAAUGGGCAUUGGGCGAGGGAAGCUGUCUGCAGAGGUGUUCAAGGCCAAGGUGGAGGCUGUGCUGGAGAAGCUGGGAGUCCCAUUUCAGGUGCUGGUGGCAACGCAUGCAGGUCUAAACCGAAAGCCAGUGAGUGGCAUGUGGGACCAUCUGCAGGAGCAGGCCAACGAGGACGUGCCCAUCUCCAUCGAGGACAGUGUCUUCGUGGGAGAUGCAGCAGGGCGCCCGGCCAGCUGGGCCCCAGGGAGGAAGAAGAAAGACUUCUCCUGUGCAGACCGCCUAUUUGCCCUUAACGUUGGCCUGCCCUUUGCCACUCCUGAAGAGUUCUUUCUUAAGUGGCCAGCAGCCCACUUUGAGCUUCCAGCUUUCGACCCGAGGACCAUCUCCAGUGCUGGGCCCCUGUACCUCCCAGAGUCCAGCUUCCUCCUGAGCCCCAACCCAGAGGUGGUGGUCGCAGUAGGAUUCCCUGGGGCCGGCAAGUCCACUUUCAUCCAGGAGCACCUGGUGUCUGCUGGGUACGUCCAUGUGAACAGGGACACACUGGGCUCGUGGCAACGCUGUGUGAGCUCUUGCCAGGCUGCACUGAGACAGAGGAAGCAAGUCGUGAUUGAUAACACCAACCCAGAUGUCCCAAGUCGGGCGAGGUACAUCCAAUGCGCCAAAGACGCAGGUGUCCCCUGUCGCUGCUUCAACUUCUGUGCCACGCUGGAGCAGGCUCGCCACAACAACAGGUUCCGAGAAAUGACCGACCCGUCGCAUGCGCCAGUGUCAGACAUGGUCAUGUUCAGCUACAGGAAGCAGUUUGAGCCGCCCACGCUGGACGAGGGCUUCCUGGAGAUCCUUCAGGUUCCGUUCCGGCUGCGGGCGCAUCAGGACCCUGCGCUGCAGCGAUUGUACUGCCAGUUUUUGGAGGGCUGAGCCCGCAAUAAAGGCUGCUGCUUUGCUCAUA